CACCAGCGACGUUCACAGGCAUGCAUGUUACACCUGUACUGCAGCCAACAAAUCACAAAAUCAGCGAGUGGGUUACUGGAUUGAUGUUUUGACAGGACGGAUAUUGUGACAUAUAUACCAUCAAUCUAGCGACCAUGUGGUUUUGACCUUGUACGAUUCCAACACUUGCUGCAGCACAUAGGGCAGGGAGUGACAGCUCCAGUAUCCAUCUCGAGGUAGAGACAUUCAUUCCAUCCAACAAGAACCGCACGGUUCACCAAGAUCUCGCUGCUCAAACACGCAUGACUUCCGACCUUUCCAGAGCCGGCAGACUCACCAAUUAACUUCCAAGCUCUCCCUCGCUUGUGCUUCUUGCAUAUAUAACUUGCGACCGGCCUUGCGGUUAUCACGGGCUCUACGCUCGGUACGAGCUGCGGCGUCCAGCAGCGGUCGUCGAUUUACAUCCGACUUCGUUCCGUUCCCUUUCGACGUCGAGAUGUCGUGGUUAUCUGGCGUUCCCCUUCCUCCCAUUCCACCAAUAGACAACCCUAAAUACGCGGACAUUGUCUUCACCCAUUCGAGCGCUCGAUCGCAGCAGCAUAGCUCCAGCUCAUUCGACUUGACCUCUGGUGCGGCGGAUCUGGACAACGAAAAGCUAGAGCAUGUGGGAGACGGCAUCCUAGGCGCUUUCAUAACCUUCCUGCUCAACGAACUAUAUCCUGACCUUGUCGUUGGUUCAGCCACUCUCCUGAAGUCCCGCCUGGUGUCCAACGCUACCAACGCUCAGCUCUCUCUGCACUACGGUCUACCGAAACAUCUCAGGGCCGCACAUGCAGCUGCACUCCCCCUACGCAAUCAGCCAAACGUUCAAGCGGACCUCUUCGAGGCUUAUAUCGGCGGCCUCUUCUACUCAUAUCUUCAUCGUGGGACACCUAGAUCCAAUCCAACACCCCCAUUGACACCUCAGCCUCAUGAACCCACAGCAUCGCUCGCGGACGGUUCCCCACGGCGUAUGUCAUACGGUCAAGCCAUGGACGAACUCGGUUUGUGGUUGCGGGCCGUUUAUACACCCCUAGCCCACAAGAUGAUGGACCAAAUACGGAGUGAGCAGUCAACAACAGAUAUCAAUGUGGCCUUGGAGCAGCAGGCAGCGGGAUCCACUGCUCUUCUUAACCAAUACUAUCUGACGCAUGAAAGCCGCCUGCCAUCUUACGCAUAUUCAGCGUCUGCGGACAGCUCGGGCAUGUGGACGUGCAUUUGUGUGGCACAGCGCCGCGAUGGCAGCGAGCUUCGAAGCGAAGCAAGCGGGACGACGAAAAAGGUUGCUGCGACUCUAGCAGCGUACAAGAUUUGUAAGGAAUUGAGCCUGGUGCCAUGAGACCUUUGAUACAGAAGCUGCUAGCUUGAAACGACCCUCACGACAUUGAUCGCCGUGCGUAGAUCAAAUUGUACUCAAAAUGCAUAGCGUCGCCGUGUG